AUGCAGCCAAUCUGUGCCUUGGUGCUCGGCCGCUCUGAGGUGAAGAACUACGCAAACGUGGACCUGAUCUGCAAGAUUGCGCAGCAGGAGAAGGUGGACGCAGUUUGGCCCGGCUGGGGCCAUGCCUCCGAAAACCCGCGCCUUCCAGCCAAGCUGAAGGAGUCGGGCAUCGCUUUCAUUGGGCCCACCUCUCCCGUGAUGUCUGUGCUUGGCGAUAAGAUCGCGGCUGGCAUCUUGGCGCAGACUGCAGGGGUGCCCUCCAUCCCAUGGAGCGGCGACGGCUUGACGGCCGAGCUCACAGCAGAGGGCACCAUCCCGGACGAGACGUUCAAGAAGGCCUGCCUCAACUCCGUGCAGGAUGCGGUGAAGUGUGCCGAGCGCAUCGGCUAUCCCGUGAUGCUCAAGGCAUCAGAGGGCGGAGGCGGCAAGGGGAUCCGCAUGUCCAACAACAAGGAGGAGUUGGAGCAGAACUUCCCUCAGGUCCAGGCGGAAGUCCCCGGGUCGCCCAUCUUCAUGAUGCAGCUCUGCACAGGCGCCCGCCACAUCGAGGUGCAGAUCGUGGGGGACCAGCAGGGCGCGGUGGUGGCGCUGAGUGGCCGGGACUGCUCCACGCAGCGGAGGUUUCAGAAGAUCUUCGAGGAGGGGCCCCCGGUGAUCGUGCCAAAGGCCACUUUCAAGGAGAUGGAACGGGCGGCUCAGAGGCUGACAGCCAGCAUUGGCUACAUUGGCGCGGGGACCAUCGAGUACCUCUUCAACGCGCAGACGGGGAAGUUCUUCUUCCUGGAGCUGAACCCCAGGCUGCAGGUGGAGCAUCCCGUGACGGAGGCCAUCACCGGGGUGAACCUGCCGGCGACGCAGCUUCAGGUGGCGAUGGGCGUCCCCCUGCAGCGCAUGCCCCAGGUCCGCGCCUUCUACGGUCGGGCCAGCGCAGACACCACCUCGAGCAUUGACUUCAUGAAGGAUGACUAUGUGUACCCAAAGGUGCACUGCAUGGCGGCCCGGAUCACGGCGGAGAACCCGGACGAUAGCUUCAAGCCCACCAGCGGCAAGAUCGAGCGCAUCAAGUUCCAGAGCUCCGUGGCCUGCUGGGGCUACUUCUCCGUGUGGACCCACGCGGCCAUCCACGAGUUCGCGGACUCGCAGUUCGGGCACCUCUUCGCGCGGGGCGGGGACCGGGAGGAAGCGCGGAAGACCCUGGUGCUGGCGCUGAAAAACCUGGAGGUGGUUGGGGAGAUCCGGAACCCCAUCGACUACCUGGUGGAGCUCUUGGGCACCAAGGCGUUCUCGGAGAAUACCAUCGACACCUCCUGGUUGGAUGGUCUGAUCCGAGAGCGGGCCGUGAAGGUGAAGUACGAGAAGCUGGACGUGGUCUUCUUUGCCGCGGUGCUCCGGGCGGUGCGCACCUUCGAGGCGCGGAAUAAAGACUUCUUGGAGGCCAUCAACAAGAGGCGCUUGGGCUUGCUGCACCAGGUGGAGGGCGCCUGCGAAUUGGAACUGGAGAUCUGCUUCGAGGGCCACAAGUUCCGCUUCGCGGUGAAGCGGAUCGCCCCCGACGGCUACGAGCUGGCCGUGGCGGGGAAGAAGUUCCUGGUGCAGGUGCGAGUGCAGCCGGAUGGCUCGCUGCUGGUGUCUUUGGAUGGGCGCGUGAUGAAGGUCUCGGGAACCGAGGAGGCCCUGGGCCUGCGCCUGCGCCUGCAGGGCGUGGGCACCGUUCUUCUUCCGACCAUCUUCGACCCUUCCGAGCUGCGUUCGGACUUCAACGGCAAGGUCAUUCGCUACCUGAUCCCGGAAGGCGGAUCUGUGAGCAAGGGCCAGGCCUAUGUGGAGCUGGAGGCGAUGAAGAUGGUCAUGUCACUGAAGGCUGGCGCCAGCGGCAAGGUGAGCCAUCUCAAGGGUCCUGGGGCCAUCGUGCAGGCGGGGGAGCAGCUGGCGAAGCUGCAGCUGGACGACCCCGGGUCCUCCCCACAGCUGGAGCUGUUCCAGGGGGACUUCCGGCUCAGCGGCGCGGCCUCCAAGGUGGCCGAGGGCGCCAGCGGCCGGGCGCUGCUGGCGCUGGACGGCUUCGCGCCCCGGAGCUCCGCGGAAGCCUUGGCCCAGGAGAUCCUGGGCUCCAAGGAGCAGCUCGGGGAGAAGUUGGAGCACGCCCUGCAGGCCCUGGAGAGGUACCUGGUGGUGGAGAGGCCCUUCGCGGAGGCCUACUGCCACGGCCUCAGCGAGGACCUGGCGGUGGCCCGAGUCAUCGAGGCGGAGGCGGAUGCGGCCGGCCUCCUGCGGGCCCACGCGCAGGUGAAGUGGCGGGGCGAGUUGGUGGCUGCCAUCCUCAAGGGCCUUGAGGGCUUGCAGGCCAUGCCGAAGGAGACGGAGAGGGGCGACAGAGAGGACCGGCACUUGGAUCGGGCGCAGUCUCAGAAGCUCUGGCAGUCGGUAAGGGAGGAGGGCCACUGGAACAAGCUUUCGGACCUGUUGACGGAGCUUUCGGAGCUGCCCCCCACGGCCCCCAUGUACGCCCCCGUGCUGCUGGCGGCGAGGCGGCUGUGUCAGAACGUGUCUGCGGAGCCCUGGGAGAAGCGCCUGCAGGCAUUGAAGCUGGGCUUGGGCAGGACCGAGGCCUACAAGGUGGCCACCGGGCCGCCGCACUCUGCGGGCUGCAAUUUGCUGGCGCACCUGCUGGAGGACAAGGCUCUGCAGAGCAAGGCCCUGGAGGUCCUGGUGCGGCGCAGCUACCGCUCCUUCGGGGUGUCGAAGGACUCCACCAUCCGCGUGGCUGUUGGACCUGGGGGCCUCCAGGCCAAGUGGAAGUUCCGGCAUCCCGGCAUGCCCGUGAGCGGCGCCAUGACGGUGUGGCAGGGGCUCUGCAAGGUGUGCCCGGACUUGGCGGCGCUGAGGACUUUCCUCUCCGGGGACCUGAAAAUUCUGGACGAGAAGAACGACCCUUCGCGGGUGAGCCGCCUGCACUUGAUCCUGCUGGGGGAGGAGGCUAUGACCUGCAGCGGCUCCGAGGAGAAGUUUCAGCAACUGGUGCAGGAGGUGCAUCAGCAGCUGCGCUCGGUGGAGGCCAAGCUCAAGGCGCAGGGCAGCGCCGAGGUAAUCCUGACGGUGCCCAAGCGCGCCACUACGCUGGGCAGCAACUCCGAUGAGCCGCGCUACGCCUUCUUUGCCGAGCGGUCCAGCUGGACGGAGGUGGUGGCCUUUCGGGACCUCCACGCCACCAGUCUGUGCCUCCUGGAGGCCGAGCGCCUCGCGGAGGCCUUCAGCCUGGAGCACCUGCCCUCGGUCACCUGCGAGGAUGCGGCCUCGGAGGUGUUCCUGGCCUCGCCGCUGGAGGGGAAGGCGGCGAAGGUGCUGCACGUGCGCACGGUGUCCCACACUCGCGUGGGCUUUCACCCCAGCAGCAACAACUGGGCAUCACGCUUGGAAGCUUUGCUGCUGGCGUCGCUGCACGAGAUGGAGUGCGCCAGGCUAUCGCCGAAGUGUGCUGGAGCGGAAGGUCGCCUUUUCCUGAACUUGACGGCUCUUGCCGAUAUCGUGGCGCUGGAUUUGUUCCGUCUGUUGGAGUCCUUCGUGGCGGAGUUUGUGGCUCGACACGGGGCGCUGCUCCAGUCCCUCUGGGUGGAUGAGAUCACCCUGAAGGUGCGGCUGGGCGAAGAGUCCGCCGGGUGCCAGGGCGUGCUGCGCUUCACCGCCGCCAGCGGCGGGGAGUACAUGAAAUGCGCCGGGGUCUGGGAGGAGGUGGAUCCGGUCACGGGCGCGCCGGCGCGCUGGAAGGACCUGGCCACGGGCGAGGAGCGGGAGCCCGUGGCGGCGGACGGGCGGCUGCGGGCCCGCCGCGCCGCCGCGCGGAAAGCGGGGUCCACCUACGCCCCCGAGUUCCUGGGGUUGCUGGAGGCUGCGCUGGUGAAGUCAUGGGCGACGUUCGUGCGGCGUCGGGAAGACGUGAAGCCGCCCAAGGAGCUGUUGAGGCCGUUGGAGCUGGUGGUGAACGUGAACGGGGAGGUCCAGGAGGUGGAGCCCAGGAAGGCCGGCAGCAACGACAUCGGCAUGUUGGCUUGGCGCCUCUUGCUGCGCACCCCGGAGUUCCCGGACGGGCGGUCUGUGGUGCUCAUUGCCAACGACGUCACCCACCAGGCGGGUUCCUUUGGGGUGGCAGAGGACGCUUUCUUCAAGAAGGCCACGGAGUACGCGCGCAAGCGAGGCCUGCCGCGGGUCUACAUUGCCUGCAACAGCGGUGCGCGGGUCGGCUUGGUGGAUGAGAUCAUGCCCAAGCUCAAGGUGCAGUGGAAGGAUGCCUCAGACCCCUCCAAGGGCUUCGAGUAUCUUUACCUCACUGAGGCAGACUACAAGAGUUUGCCCAGCGGCGCCGUGGUGGCACGGCCGGUGCAGGGUGUGGGCUACGCGCUGGAGGCGGUGGUGGGUCAGGGCUUGAAGUCCACGGAAGGUGGCAUUGGUGUGGAGAACCUUCAGGGCAGCGGCCUCAUCGCCGGGGAGACAAGUCGGGCCUACAACGACAUUUUCACGUUGUCCUACGUGACGGGCCGGUCGGUGGGCAUCGGCGCCUACCUGAACCGCCUGGGCCAGCGUGUGAUCCAGUCUGUGGACGGGCCGCUGGUGCUGACUGGCUACAGCGCGCUGAACAAGCUGCUGGGCAAGAACGUGUACUUCUCGCAGGACCAGCUGGGCGGGCCACAGAUUAUGGUGCCCAAUGGCAUCACCCACCAGCUGGUGCAGCACGACCAGGAGGGCGCGGAGAAGAUCAUGGAGUGGCUGUCCUUUGUGCCGCGGGACACCUGGUCCCUGCCGCAAGAGGUGGCACCCCUGGACCCCCCGAGCCGCUCAGUGGACUUCCGGCCCACCAAGCAGCCGUACGACCCGCGGCACAUGCUGGCGGGCGCCAUGCAGAACGGGCAGUGGGUGUCGGGCUUUUUCGACCGCGACAGCUUCGUGGAGUACAUGGCGGGCUGGGGCCGCAGCGUGGUGGUGGGUCGGGCACGGCUGGGCGGCAUCCCCAUGGGCGUCAUUGCUGUGGAGACCCGCAACGUGGAGCGCCGCAUCCCCGCUGACCCGGGGAACCCAGAGAGCCGGGAGAUCGUGGAGCCGCAGGCCGGCCAGGUUUGGUUCCCGGACUCCGCCCACAAAACCGCCACGGCCAUCCGCGACUUCAACUUGGGCGAGAACCUGCCGUUGCUUAUCUUCGCCAACUGGCGCGGCUUCUCUGGGGGCACGCGGGACAUGUACGGCGAGGUGCUCAAGUUCGGCGCGCAGAUCGUGGACGCCUUGGUGGACUACAAGCAGCCCGUGUUCGUGUAUAUUCCCCCCGAGGGGGAGCUGCGGGGCGGGAGCUGGGUGGUGGUGGACCCUUCCAUCAACCCGGAUGUCAUGGAGAUGUACGCGGACCAGGAUUCUCGGGGCGGGAUCCUGGAGCCUGCCGGGAUCGUGGAGGUCAAAUUCCGGGCCCAGCAGAGGGUGGACCUCAUGCAUCGUCUGGACGACCGCCUCAAGGCCUUGGACGAGCGCCAGAAAUCUGCGCCAUCGGAGGACCUGACCCAAGAGAUCCGGCGCCGAGAAGAGGCGUUGCAGCCUUUGUACACGCAGGUGGCGUGCGAGUUUGCGGACCUGCACGACCGCGCGGGGCGCAUGAAGGCGGUGGGGGUGGUGCGGGAGAGCUUGCAGUGGGCCAGCGCGCGGGAGUUCUUCUUCUGGCGCCUGCGCCGCUCCCUGCUGGAGCUGCGCCUCUGCCGAGACCUCCAGGCGGCCGACCCCAAGCUCUCCGCCGCUGCGGCCCAGCAGACGGUGAGGGGCUGGCUGAAGGAGGAGACGGGCGGCUCCUGCAGCAGCGACCAGCAGGCCGUGCAGCUCCUUCAGCAGAUGUCCGUGCAGAAGAAGGUCCAGGCAGUCCACGGUCGGGCGCUGAAGCGCCAAUUCCACGAGGUUGGGGAGGAGCUGGCCAGGUCAGGUCAACUCUCAGGACUGCAGCGCUGCUUCUUGAGAUGUCUCUUCCCCGGCGCCCAAGGCGCACAAAGCGAGGCCAGACCCCGAAGCGAGGCCCCGAAGGUCGGAGCCAAAGAGUUGCCCGGGUUGCUGGGCAACGUCGCCGCAAAGAAGCCGGCGUGA